UACACCCGCGUAUAUACCAGGUGAGCACAAUCGUCCCGGACAGAAACAAACACGCCUCCACGGGUCACACACAAUCUUGGUGUCGCUGUCGCUGACGGAAAGGAUAGUCCAGUUUCUGAAAUGUGGCGACUGACAAAACUUGUGAUCGUGUCAAUUAUCUUGAUGGUGUUUGCUAUGUGUGGCUAUGUAAUCAUGCAGAAAUCAUGGAGUAGUCAUACAAUACAACAGAGCCAGCGGGACAGGUUUGUGACCGGAACGCGUUGGCAACUACCCACUGAUCAAACAAGCUGCCCAACACAGUUGGACGUGUCUGACCGGAACGCGAAUAUCGUCUACAUACCCAAGGCGGAUACAGGCAAUGGAGACUGUCAACGUGGUCACGUGCUCCCUACUAAACCAGAGAUCCGCAAGCUAGACGUCAGACAAAUGGCCAAUCUUUAUCACAGUUACGUGGAAAACAUCCAGGUGGCGUGUGGGGACAUGAAGAGGAUGGGACUUCAGCAAGACGGCGGCUGGGAGGUUUGUGACGACCCUCUCGUCAGACCAAAGAAACCAUGCCUUGUCUAUUCCUUCGGCAUCAACAAUGACUUCAGUUUUGAUGACGAAAUGGCAAGAGAAUACAAAUGUGAGAUUCAUUCCUUCGAUCCCAGCAUGGGUCGGCCAGACCAUAGGCACGGGGAUCACGUGAUGUUCCACUCCUUAGGUCUGGCUGAAUAUAACGGUAAAUCUUCCAAGCAGUGGCCGAUGAAGACUCUCGCCGAUAUACGCCAGUCCCUCAAUCACGAACAGACCACAAUCGAUGUUUUGAAAAUUGAUAUUGAAGACAUGGAGUGGCGAGUGUUUCCGGAAAUGAUAAAAAGCAACGCUUUGCACAAUGUGACUCAAUUUGUAUUUGAGGUGCAUAUCACGCUUAAAAAGGUAGAUGCUGCACAAGCGAAAUAUUUCACGGCUCUUGAAAUAUUCCGGGACUUAUAUGAUCUCGGAUACCGGAUUUUCUUUACCCAUAGAAACAAAUGGUGUCAUUACAAGUCUAAAUUAGCUGGAAAACAGAGGACCUCCUGCCACGAAGUAUUUAUGAUGAAAGUGUGCUGACAAGGCGCCCAAUGACGAGGUAGUCAUGAUGGAAUGUGCUGUGACGGAUGUUUGACGCCCAACACAAACACCUCCCAAAAUGUCACCUUUUCGAGAAUGUAAAUACGUUUGGCCUAAUUUGGGCAUAAUUUAAGAAGUGUAAAAUCUGUUCAAAUACAAGCCAUAACAUAAGAGUGAAUGAGUUUGAUUUUACGCCGCCUUUAGCAGUAUUCAAGCAAUAUCACGGCGAGGGACACCAGAAAUGGGCUUCACACAUUGUACCCAUGUCGGAAUCGAACCCGGGUCUUCGGCGUGACGAGCGAACGCUUUAACCACUAAGCUACCCGACCGUCCCUACAACAUAAGAAUUCAACCGGAAAGGUUUUAUGUUUAUAUGACAACCCAUGUAUAUGGUGAGGUGAGGUGAGGUGCAAUUGGGUUUAACGUCGCGUCCAAGAUUAUUGCACUUAUAUAGCGACGUGCAUGCACGUGUAUGUGUGUGUGUGUGGCUGCUUGUACUAGUCAGGACUGA